AUGGCAACGAAAUACAAUGAAGCGGCCGACAAGGAGGCCAACUAUGCCGCCGGCGACUCACCUCUACGCACAAGCGACUCACCACAUGACGUGCAACGCGGCGUCGUGACUGACAAUGCUGACAACCUCCAUCGCCGUCUCUCGAAUCGUCAGAUUCAACUGUUGGCCAUCGGUGGCUCCAUCGGCACGGCGCUCUUCGUCAGCAUUGGCAAUGGUCUGGCUGCUGGCGGUCCAGGCAGCUUGUUCAUCGCCUAUGCUUUGUAUUCGAUAGUCGUUGCCUGCGUCAAUAACUGUGUCUCCGAAAUGAUCAUCCUCCAACCUGUCUCUGGUGGCUUCAUUCGACUUGCUAGACACUGGUACGACGAUGCGCUCGGGUUCAUGGUUGGGUGGAAUUUCUUCAUCUACGAGGCACUGCUUAUACCUUUUGAGAUCACCGCCAUCGGCCUGGUUCUAAGCUUCUGGAGAGAUGACAUCCCGGUCUGGGCUGUGUGUAUUGCAUGCAUCAUACUCUACGGGUACGACCCUUUCCCAGUGGCUCCUCUCGGCAGAGUGGGAUCAGCGUUCUAUGCCAUCAACGUCCUAGCUGUCCGCGCAUUUGGUGAAGCCGAAUUCUGGCUGUCAGGUGGCAAGGUCAUACUGAUCUUUAUGCUGUUCUUUUUCACCUUCAUCACAAUGGUCGGAGGAAACCCCGACAAUGACGCAUACGGAUUCCGCUAUUGGAAGAACCCUGGGGCUUUCGCUGAGAACUCGGCAAAGAGCUCGACGGGCUCGCUAGCUCGCUUCGAAGGCUUCUUGUCUGCCCUCUGGUCUGCCUCCUUCACAGUCGUCGGUCCCGAGUACAUUGCGAUGGCAGCAGCAGAGGUCAAGCGACCACGUGUCUAUGUCAAGACUGCAUUCAAGACCGUGUACUGGCGCUUUGGCCUCUUCUUCAUCCUCGGAGCUCUUUGUGUAGGUAUCGUUGUACCUUAUAACGACCCACAGCUUCAAGGUGUGUUCCUUGGUACGGCUGGCGGUGGCGGCACGGCAGCGGCCUCUCCAUACGUGAUUGCCAUGUCCAACUUGGGAAUCAGCACCCUUCCCUCGGUUGUCAACGCGCUCUUGAUCACUUCCAUAUUCUCAGCUGGCAACACCUAUACCUUUUGCGCCACGCGGUCGCUAUACAGCAUGGCUCUCGAAGGGCAUGCACCAAAGAUCUUCAGGAAGACCACCAGAAAUGGAGUGCCGCUCUAUGCCUUCGCUGUGGUCAUGGCCUUCCCAUUCCUGUCGUUCCUCCAAGUUUCCGACAACUCAUCCGUCGUGAUUACAUGGCUCGUCAGUUUGAUUACAGCCGGCGCUCUGAUAAAUUACUUUGUCAUCGCAUUGACCUACCUCAACUUCCACAAAGCAUGUCAAGUUCAAGGACUUGACCGGAGAACCCUGCCAUACUACGCAUGGUUCCAGCCUGGCUGCGCAUACGUUGUCAUCGUCGUGGAGAUCGUGAUCUCCUGGAGCGUGGAAUCAUUCUUCCAGAACUAUACCAUGCAGAUCCUCGCACCGAUCAUGUACAUCGGCUGGAAGCUGGUCAAGCGCACGAAGAAGCUCAAGCCUUCUGAGGUAGACUUGGUCUGGGAGAGGCCAAUUGUGGAUGCGUACGAGGAGUCGUUCCUUAGCCCUCCGAGUGGCUUCUGGCUGGAGAUGGGACAGCUCAUUGGAAUCAAGCGCCAUAUCAAGGACGAUGAGCGGCGUGGGUCGAUCCAACGUCGUGGAUCAACUAUCAACCCGUUCAAGUAA